CUUGCUACUGUGAGCAGCGAGAACAAGAGAGGGGGAAGAAAAAAAGAACAGAGAGAUGAGACACUUAACAUUUUCCUCUCACAGUCACAGUGUGUGCUCCUGAGUCCUGAGAUAUCGCAGGCUUUACCAAGCCAGUAGGCAGAAACUGGGCUCUGGUAGGGCAAUAUCUUAGCUUAACUUUCAUGCUUUAUGUCUAGUCAGGAAUUUAGUCUAAAAAAGUGCUUUCUGAUUAGCACUCCUGUUUAGUACUUUGGAAUGUGCAGCUUAGGUUAGUGAGAAUCAAGGGUUUUAGCUUAGCUGGUAUUACUAAUUACAAGUUUCUCUGUAUGCAUUUCAGUGUUCAGAAGGUCUAAACAGGCAGGGAGUGAAAGGAGGGGGUUAAACAGCAUUGGAGGGAGUUGCUCAACACUCCUCAUUUAGCAGAACAUUAGAAAAAGUAAGAAGAUGCAUUGCUGCCCAGAAACUCUUUCUUCUCUGUGAAUGGUGCUUAAGUGUAGAGACUGUCUUCAGAAACACAAUACAGAGAUGGCUGCAUUUCAAGAGUGGGUGAAGUAAUGCAUGUAUGCUGCAGUUUAUCAAGUGUGUUGAGAUCCUUCUAGAUGAAAGACACUGUGUAAACGUUUCAUCACACUUUGAAUGAUUUUGACAUAAUGACAGCUGAGGAUUCCACUGCUAGGAUGAGUAACGACUCCUCCAACAUGUCUACAACCAAAGUUCCUGAAGGUGUAGCUGGUGCACCUAAUGAGGCUGCCCUGUUGGCACUCAUGGAGCGUACUGGAUAUACCAUGAUUCAAGAGAACGGGCAGCGCAAGUACGGUGGGCCUCCACCUGGCUGGGAGGGGUUGCACCCUCCUCGUGGCUGUGAAGUCUUUGUUGGUAAAAUUCCUCGCGAUGUGUACGAAGACGAGCUAGUGCCUGUGUUUGAGUCCGUAGGACGUAUCUAUGAAAUGCGCCUGAUGAUGGACUUUGAUGGGAAAAACCGCGGCUACGCUUUUGUUAUGUACACACACAAGCAUGAAGCCAAACGUGCUGUCAGAGAACUGAACAACUACGAAAUCCGUCCUGGUAGGCUUCUAGGUGUUUGCUGCAGUGUGGAUAACUGUAGACUGUUCAUUGGAGGUAUACCCAAGAUGAAGAAGAGAGAGGAAAUACUAGAAGAGAUCUCCAAGGUGACAGAGGGCGUGCUAGACGUCAUUGUGUAUGCAAGUGCAGCAGACAAGAUGAAAAAUAGAGGCUUCGCCUUUGUGGAGUAUGAAAGCCAUCGAGCGGCCGCCAUGGCCAGGAGAAAGCUGAUGCCUGGGAGAAUCCAACUGUGGGGCCACCAAAUUGCUGUUGAUUGGGCAGAACCAGAGAUAGAUGUUGAUGAAGAUGUAAUGGAGACUGUUAAAAUCCUGUAUGUGAGGAAUUUAAUGAUUGAAACCACGGAGGAUACAAUUAAAAAGAUCUUUGGCCAGUUUAACCCUGGCUGUGUAGAACGGGUUAAAAAAAUACGCGAUUAUGCCUUUGUGCACUUUACAAGCAGGGAAGAUGCAGUUCAUGCCAUGAACAACCUCAAUGGCACUGAACUUGAAGGCUCAUGCCUGGAAGUUACCUUGGCCAAACCAGUAGACAAAGAGCAGUACACUCGUUAUCAGAAAGCAGCUAAAGGAGGAGCAGCAGCAGCAGCAGCAACAGAAGUAACUCAGCAACCCAAUUAUGUUUACUCUUGUGAUCCGUAUACACUAGCAUAUUAUGGAUAUCCAUACAAUGCUCUGAUCGGUCCCAACCGAGAUUACUUUGUGAAAGCAGGCAGCAUAAGAGGCAGAGGGCGAGGUGCAGCUGGCAACAGAGCCCCUGGCCCCAGAGGCUCUUAUCUGGGGGGAUAUUCUGCAGGCCGUGGCAUAUAUAGCAGAUACCACGAAGGGAAAGGAAAACAGCAAGAAAAAGGAUAUGAGCUUGUACCCAAUUUGGAGUUGUCUGCUGUCAAUCCAGUUGCCAUUAAACCUGGUGCAGUGGCAAUCCCUGCUAUUGGGGCCCAGUACUCCAUGUUUCAGGCAGCUCCAGCAGCCAAGAUGAUGGAAGAUGGCAAAAUCCACACAGUGGAACAUAUGAUCAAUCCCAUUGCUGUCCAGCAGGAUCCAGCCAGCGCGGCGGCGGCAGCAGCAGCAGCAGCGGCGGCAGCAGGAGCUGUUAUACCUGCAGUUUCAACCCCUCCACCUUUCCAGGGUCGCCCCAUAACUCCAGUGUACACCAUGGCUCCAAAUAUUCAGAGAAUUCCUGCUGCAGGGAUUUAUGGUGCAAGUUAUGUCCCGUUUGCAGCUCCUGCUGCAACAACAGCAACUAUAGCCACACUACAGAAGAACGCCGCAGCAGCAGCUGCAGCUGCAGCAGCGUAUGGAGGAUAUGCCGGCUAUAUACCUCAGGCAUUUCCGACUGCAACAAUCCAGGUUCCAAUACAUGAUGUCUACCAGACAUACUGAGACUAUCAAACGAGGGGGGGCGGGGGGGAGGGGAGAGGGACAAACACUGAAGGAACACUUUACUAUUUAUGAAGAAAGAACCGACUGCAAAAGAAUAUGUUUGGACUCAGUAAACUGAAAAAAAAAAAACAAAAAAACUGAAAGUGAAGAAUGUUAUCAAAUAUUGUGUUUGAAAUAUUUUAUAUAUGUGACAUUGUCACUAAUUUUUUAGGAUAUUUUUAAAAUUUAAUAUACCCGUAUUCAUACAUUUCUAAGUGACCUAUAUGCAUUAAGCCCAUUGCCCAUACAAAUUUAUACACAGUAGUGGGAUUGCAAAGGGGGUUUUUUGGGUGGGUUUUUUUUAAGCAAUUAUAUUUUCAAUAUAUUUGUGGUAUGAAGGUUAUUUUUUAGUAACUUCUGCACUCCAGAGAAUUCUAUUUUGUAGUGCCUUUAAUAAUAUAUCAACUAUAUAUAUAUAUUAAAAAAGCACAUCUGAGCAGCUAGGAAAUGUAUAAACAAUAUAUUUUGAAGAAUAUUUUCAAUAUUUAAAGAAUACAUACAUUAGAUUUUUGUUUGUUUUUGUUUAAAACAACAAGUAUCUUAUUUAAAAAGUUAUACUGGAAAGUGCAAUUUGAAAAUGAGCGAGACCUCUGCAUUUUGUGCUGGCAUUAGCACAGUUUGUUUAUCACUAUCAAAACUCACAAGCAACAAACAUCUAUUUAAAAAAACAAACUCAUAAAACAAACCUCUUUAAAGCAUGAUUAAGUGAAUUGUUUUAGCUAAAGAAGAGGCUGCUGUGUUUUCCAUAACAUCUGGCUUUUAUAUUUAUUGAAGUCACUUCUAGGUCCGUCCCUGAGCACAUGCUCAGGGUAUCUAAUAUUUCAUGAGAGGUAUCUUGACUUAGAUCUUCUUCCAGUAUAAAACCUAGUUUCUUUUUAAAUGCUCUUUAUUUUAUUCUUUUGACGUGUAAGUUGUAGUGACAGAGAAUGUAUGAUAUUUUAGACAGGGCCAAAUGUGCUUUUGUCAGCAGGAAGUACUGCAUUAUUUACCUGUAGCUUCAUCAUGUUUCAUGCAAAAUUUCUAAGGUACUAGGGGUGUUAGUGAUAUUGUACUUAAUAAAAUGGGGCUAGCCUCCUUCCCAUUCUCCCUUUCAGACCUAAUUCCCAUUAGCAUUAAUUGGAGUUAUGCAUUCACAUCAGGGAAGACAGAGACUAAAGCCCUAUGAAUUUAAGAAAUAGAGUUUGUAAAUAUCUUCUAAUAUACAUUUUUAAAGUCAUUUUAUGUUGCUAAUUUACAUGGUAUGUGGUUUGCCACAAAACAAAACAAAAAACAUUUUAUUUCAAUGUUAUUAAAAAGUUUGUUUUAUUAAGAAGUAAAUAUA